AUGGCUCGACCGUCAGCCUGCACUGCACCGCGCGAGGUCAUUCUCAUCGGCAACGGUCCCUCGGCGCUGGCACAUCGUCUUGGUGCGCAUAUCGAUCACUUUCCAAACGUCGUGCGCUUCAACGAGUUCCAGUCCCUCGGCUUUGAGCCGUACGUGGGCGGUCGACUGACGCUCUGGGCAAUGUCUGGCAACAUGGCGCCCACGCUUCUCGAAACGUACCACGAGCGUCACCAGAUCCCUGUGCUCGUCGCCGUUCCACAGCGGACGUACCGAAACUGCACGUAUCCGAUCGUUCGCAGGGAGACGCUCUCUCGAGUGCCGCCCGCGAUGCGGCAUCGUGUCAACUUCACCGAGCGCGGAGUGGCAGCCGAGCUGCACGCCCGCCACGGCGUGACUUCUAGGCCAAGCUCGGGCCUGCUCGUGCUGGCGCACCUUUUGCGCCACUUCCGCGUGGUGCACAUCCACGGCUUCGACUUCUUUUCCGGUGGGGACGGCAAAAGUGGCCAUUACUAUGCCGACGGCAAGGGCGCUGCGGGCAAGGUGCACGACACGCGGCAAGAGACGCGGGUCGCACGGCAGCUCGUGGCAGAAGGCCGUGUGCUGCCCCUGAGCGAAUGCGUCGCAGCCUCGCCCGUCGCACCACCGACCAAUAACAAGGUGGAGUCGCAACGCAGUUCCUUCCAGCAAAACUUGAAUCUUGAUAUUAUGUAA